CUAUAUAGAGCCUAGAUAAUGGGGUGGACUUUUAUCUAUCACUCUCAAACUUAGUAUUCUUCUUAACAAGCAAACAUAUCCAAACUGAGAUGGAGAAUACAAAUAACACCAAGCCUCAAGUGUUCAUCAGUUUCCGGGGGAAAGACGCACGGGAAAGGUUCUUGCCCCUUCUCAAAGAUCGUUUGAAAAGAAGCAAAGUCAAUGUGUUCACCGACGAAGACGCGGCUGGAGUACCCCUCGAACACCUAUUGGAAGAGAUUCGAAACUCACGAAUCGCAGUUGUUCUCCUUUCCAAGAACUACGCAGAGUCACAUUGGUGUUUGAACGAGCUGGUUGAGAUCAAGAAAUGCAUAGAGACGAAGAAGCUUGAUUUCGUCAUACCCGUCUUCUACAAAGUUAAGACUUCCCACGUAAAGAAGCAGAGCGGGAAGUUUGGGGAAAGGUUCCUGGCUUAUCAGGAAUCUUUGCUUGUUGAAGCAGGCGAUGAUAAGAAGAAAAAGAAGCGUGCCAAUUCUAAGAUCAAGAGAUGGAAGAGAGCUCUAACGUUCGUUGCCCGAAUGAUUGGAGUGUCUUAUGAUAAGAGGAUGCUAGACUCGGAUUUCGCGAAGAAGAUCGUCGAAAAGGUUAACAUAAAUUUAGCCCAAAUUGCUGCAAAGGAAGGGCGUUAUAGUAUUCCACAAAAUAUUAGGGUGUGUUACUUAAUUUUUUUUUAACAUGACGAGUAGAUUUUGUGUUAAAAUAGACAUGGUGACUAAAUCUCUAAAAUAACAGAUAUCACCGGGAUACGUAUCAAACAUGUAUGUGUUCCAUAUCAAUCAGUUAAACAUCAACGAGCUCCAUGAUUCCCAGACAUUGGAAGCUCUGUCUCUAGCAAGUUCAAAUUUGGAUUCUUUGUCUGGUAAUCAUAGACGCACAAUCAUCACAUAUCAGA